AUGGCCUUGAAAAGAGCGCAUCAGAAUCCCGCAUGUACGGAACUGGUGACGAUGAUGUCUAGUCCGAGCACGAGGAUGAUUAAUUGGGGCAAGUAUAUACGACAAUAUAGAGAAGACUGUCGUAUUAUGCAAGGACAUCUGAUGCAUCGAUUGCAAAGUGUGUUUAUUUCUGAUGGCCGUGAAAAGCAAACCGCGUUUCGAAGUCCCUUCGCUCCAGCAGAGAACAUAUGUACGCAUACCAGACUUUCGCCCCGUUCUUUCUUGGAUGCUGUCGGAUUUGGGGUGAUUAGAUGUGAGAAAUGUCCUACGGAAUACAGGAUUGAUAUUGUGUAUUGCGAAGGUCUUGGAUGGGGGAGGUUCUUCACCAGAUGGAUAGACUUGGGAUCUGAGCUGGAGGGGGAAUUGUGGAGUCGACAUCUUCCGGCGAAAGAAAGAACGCAAAUAAGAAGAUGGAGAGCUCUGUUUGAAGGGAGAGUUAGUGUUAAGACUGACAUGGCAUCUCAAGAUGAAAUGAAGGUUCCGCCGAACGUUGGAGAGUUAUGUUCUGCUUUCGAGGGUAGUAAGGACUUCAAAUUCGACUCACUGUUGACACCGGAGAAUAAAGCCGUGUUCUUGCAAUUCAGAGAGCUAUACUGCAGAAAGGAAGUUAGUUCAAGAAACAAAAACUAG